UUAAGCAACAACCUCCCUCCUCUUAGCGGAGCAGCGUGCGGGCUCCAAGGUAACAUACCGUGUACACAGACACAGGAGCCGGUUAAAUAUUUCUGACUGAGAUCACUGGCCAGAGCGCAGGUAGGCUGACUUGACCAGUGCGCGCUGAACCUGACCAAAGUGAAGAUGCCAGCCGGUGAGGGGAAGUCGGACAUGGACCGGGUCGGUCUCUUCAAGGAGAUGGGCUACAUUUCCAUCGGAGACAAGUACACCCCGUUCACAUACCGUCCUUUUAAUGAGUCUGCCCAGAAGAACAAGCAGAUGAUGACAGGAGGUCCUAAGAGCCGGUCCAGCCUGCAGGCAGGCUAUUUCGAUUCUCAUUUCAAGAGGAUUUUUGAGCGGGAGGCCCUGUCGGACCCAGCGAAGCUGGCCCGGCAGUACCGCAACCAACAAGCCAAGAGAAACAUCGGCAAGGCCUUCCUCCCUAGCAACGGGGAGAAGAAGCCGUCAGGGUCAGGCAGCUAUUAUGGGACUCUGGCUGGUCCUGUCCAGGCCAUGAGCGCUCAGAGACUACCCAGGAAGCAGCACCCUUCUCCUGGCAGGAACAUUCUCACCAGCCCGCCCAAGAGGGGCAGUGGCUACAGCUACCCUAACGUCACGCUGUCUAAGUUGGAGCCAUUCUCGUCUGACCCAUUUGACCGUGCCAAGGACGUCCUCAAGAGGGAACUAGUCAACCACAGAUCCAGACUGAAGGGAGGCCCAUUCAAACUCAACCUUCAUCCCAAAGACUAUUUCUAUGGCAACCCAUUUCGUCUGGACAGGCCCCUGCCCCCGCCUAAGAGGUCAGAGGAGAGGGAACGUUUCCCAGUUCCCUUCAAACCCUCCUCCCCUAACAAGCAGAUUGGCGGGAUGAAAGCAGGUACGUUUGACACCUACCCCACCCACUCUGCCGACCCCUAUGUCACACGCCGCUCCAAGUCUGUCUCAACAAAUAAGGAGGGCAAGAUCUUCCACCCCACACCGGGACCCAAGAGCACCCCUGUCAAGAGCAUCAUCAGCCUCAACGUCAACAAGGCGGUGCACUCAGCCAACUACACAUCAUCCAUUCCCUCUGUUAUGGCCUUCUAAUUGUACAAGCUCCAAUGGUGACCCUGGAUGUUGUAGUUCCAACUAGGAUGUCUAGACUACAUUUCACGAGGACUGUGUUGCCUCCAUCUUCCAGCAAAUAAUUUUACAUUUUUUUUGCCCACAAGCCAUUCAUACACUAUGAAUUCCUUAGCGUCAUUGCUAAGGAGAUCAUUCCACGU